ACCCAUUGCAUCCCCAUCUACUCCACAGCACAUUGUAAUAAAACCAUUUCGCAAAGAAUAGCGCGAACCAUUUCAUUUCAGGCAUAUGUAAGCGUUGUGCGCGGAAAGAGUCACGUUUCACACGCAAGUUUGAACGCGCGUCCUACUUUCGAGUAGUUAAGAACCCUGCCUGGAACCGUUUAAUUCAAGCUCCAACCAUCAACAACAGCAACUUACAGGACCAUGAACACAUUUGUGCCAUCACCAGGUUUCGAUGCCAGCCGUUUCAAAGGCACAAUCCUCAUCCUGCCCUCGGUGUCGAUCGGAAAUGUGCCCCAGCUGACAACAGAUCUUCUCCUUGCGACUCUCAAGCUCGACCGUGUUGGCUGUAUCGAGGACGAGAAUGUCAUUCCCGUCGUUGGGCCUGCCGAUAAACCACACGAGGCAACUUCGCCAUUAUCAGCAACAGCAACAACUGCACCAGGGUCAGCAGCGUCAGGAGCAGGGCUUUCUUUGGCCGUUGAGGUCUUCCAAUCCAAGGAUGGCAAAUGGACCCUGAUCCAGCAGCGUUCGCCUACAGUUCGUCACCGGUCACACUUUUAUGCAGACAACCUUGUUCAGUUCAUCAAGGAUGCAGAAUUCGAUCAAGUGGUGCUCUUGGCCUCGGCAGAUGGAGCUCGUCGAGUGGAUAUUCAAUUGAGGUCGAGUACACCUGUCCGAUAUAUUUCCUCACCCGCAGUACCCAAGACCUUGCUGGAGACGAUCCAAGGAUUAGGACUAGAGCAGCUCGAGAAUGUGGCCACGACAGAGGAUGAAAGGCGAGAGGCAUUGAUCAGACGACAGGAACACUUCCUAACACACGACCCGUCCAGUGCAGCCGCAGUUUCUUCUACAUCCGCAUCUGCAUUAACUGAUCGAGUAGAAGGAAUGCAACUGGACGAGUCCGCCACAGUGGGUCAACAGCAGCUAGAGAAAGUACCAAGGAUACCCAAUGGCGGGAUCGCUCGUCGAUUGCACUCUUUGUGUCAGGAACAAGGGAUCGCCAUCUUGACGAUCGUCAAAUUCGCGAUGGAAGGAGAUAAUGCGCCGGAUGCGAUUUUCCUAGCCAAUGUGUUAAAUGCGAUCUUCAAGAUGCAUGCCCCAACAGAGCAGCAGACCCUGCAGGGCGAAGGGUGGAAGGCCCCCAAGAGCUGGGACUCGCUUUACGGCAACACAUUUCAUCAAGACAUGUACCAGUGAUUCCAUUCGAACUAAAAACGAAAACGCUGAGGAAAAAUGGCAAUAAAAAAAAAUGGCAAUAAAAAAGAAAAGUCGGCAUGUUUAGGGACAUGGUGUAUGUCUAGG